AUGAUGGCGUGGAGGAGGAUGCUUUUGCGCUUCCAUAGAACUUGCCUCCUUCCUUUUCCAAGCUCUCGAUGCCGCGCAUUCAACGAGCGAGCACAUGCAGGAGGGAAUCUCCUCGGCCGCGUCGAUGGUGUUGUUUCGAAGGUAUAUAGGACGUCCUUGACCGGUGGAACCAAGAACGAUCUUGUCAUCACGCACAACAAUACCAUCAAUGCCACCACGCCAGCGGGUCUGGCGUUCGCACCUGAUAGCCAGCCGGCGUCUUACCUGAAGCUCGCUCUGGUCAACUACCUCAACAGCAACAACGUCAAGGCUUAUGUCACUGGCUUGAACGCCAACAACCAGCUCGUCUUCCUGGGCCAGAAUGGACAGUUCUACUAUCCCUCGACGUCGUCCUCAGCCCCAGUCCCUCUUGCCGAUGCAGAUAUCGCGAUCCCACUGGGAGCUAAAGGAAGCACCACGUCGGCCACCAUUCCAGGCUACCUCUCAGCAUCCAGGGUGUGGUUCGCAGACGGAUCCCUCAAGUUCUACGUCGUGGGUACGCCCAACGGUCCGGGUCUCGUCGAGCCAGCUGCAGUCAACCCGAACGAUCCCAACGCUGCCACCAACUACGGGUUUGCUGAGUUGACCUGGAUCCAGAGCGGUGGACUGUUCGCCGAUAUUAGCUUUGUCGACUUUGUCGGUCUUCCUCUGGGUAUCCAGUUGACCACCACCGACGGCACUGCUCAACAGCAAGCGUUGGGGCUUCCUGCAAACGCCGUGCAGAGUGUCUGCUCUGAGCUGCAGAGCCAGAGCCAGAAAGAUGGUCAACCGUGGGGCGACACCUGCGUGUACUCUCCAAGUGGCUCGCUCAUCCGCGUUCUCGCUCCCAACGCAUACCUCUCGCAGAAGAACACGGCCUUCAGCGGAUACUUCGACUCCUAUGUCCAGCAGGUCUUCCAGCACUACUCCACCACGCCGCUCACCAUCAACACCCAAGCUGCCGCUGGCAAUGUCCAGUGUACUGCCAACGCUGGCUCCAUGACCAUCACCUGCGAUGGCGACAACCGCUCAUACUCGGCACCCAGCGCUGCGGAUAUCUUUGGGUGCAACUCCGGACCGUUCGCCAUUCAGGGUGGUGACAAUGCCGUCCACUAUGCCGUCGUACCAAGACUCUGCGCAGCCUUCAAUCGUGGCACAUUCCUGCUGAACGGUGGAAAUGUGCAGCCCAGCCUUGCACCAAGCUCGUACUACACCAGCUCGCCGGCGAACUUCUACAGUGAAGCAGUGCACAAGUUCGAGUGGAACGGGCUGGGCUAUGCCUUCUCCUACGACGAUGUGUCGCCGACGGAGCAGCAGAACGUGGCGGGCGUCGUCGCCAGCGGCAACCCGGGCACGCUGACUCUCCUCGUCGGCGGGUAUGAUCAGGCGUAG